ACCGCAGUAUCAGCACAGUUCUGCAUCAGUCAUCUAAACUCUGCGGCAUGCGGACUAGAUUCAGGGGGAGGGAAUAUAACGGGUCUGUGAGUGUAGCAUCGGCUUCAUAGUCGUCACCAUCCGUAAUCAGAUACUGUCGACAGUGUCGGGUUUCUCAUUCAUUUCUUUCGGGGGAAAGUCUUUAUCCACGCACAUGAUCCAAGGCUUCUGUGUUUGACUAAUUGGUGCUGCUUAUUUGACAGAGCCGCACAGUAACUGGCGUUACAGUUUAGGCCGCACACCUGAGAGGGCUAUUUCACCCUAAACCAAAGAACCGGUAGACCAACAAGACGUCAACAUGGCAAAGGAUGCAGAGAAGAGCACUUGGAAGGAGUUUAUCUGGAACCCGAGGACGCGGGAGUUCCUGGGCAGAACUGCGAGCAGCUGGGGUCUGAUCCUGCUCUUCUACCUGGUGUUCUACAUCUUCUUGGCGGGGGUGUUCGUUCUCACCAUGUACGUGAUGCUGCAGACCCUGGACGACCACAAACCCACCUGGCAGGACAGGCUGUCCACUCCAGGAAUGAUGAUCAGACCCAGAGGGGAAGCUCUGGAGAUUGUGUACAACACUGAGGACACAGAGAGCUGGGACAGUUAUGCUCAGGCACUGGACAAGUUCCUGAACCCGUAUAACGACUCCUUCCAGGCCCAGACGAACGACAUGUGCACACCGGAUCAGUACUUCGUGCAGGACGACAGUGGAGACGUAAAGAACAACCCCAAACGCUCCUGCCAGUUCAAUCGCACCGUGCUGGAAGAAUGCUCCGGAAUAAAUGACCGUUACUAUGGAUACCAGGAUGGCAAGCCGUGCAUCAUUAUCAAGCUGAACCGGGUAAUCGGGUUGUUGCCAGGAAAGGACGGCCAGGCUCCUUAUGUCACCUGUGGACCAAAGAGGAUUAGAAUUGGCAAAGAUGAAUGGAAAGAAGACAGCGACUCGAUUGGAUCCCUGAUAUAUUACCCUCCCAACGGUACCUUCAACCUGAUGUACUAUCCGUACUACGGCAAGAAAGCUCAGGUGAACUACUCCCAGCCUCUGGUGGCCAUUAAGUUCGCCAACAUCACCGCCAACGUGGAUGUGAACGUUGAGUGCAGGAUCAACGCAAACAACAUUCCUUCCGGCAGCGAAAGAGACAAGUUUGCCGGGAAAGUGUCUUUCAAACUAAGAAUCAACACAAAAAAAUAGAUACAUCCUCCCUUACAACACCCCCUCCUCCUCCACCCCCCACACCCGUGUCAUCUCUUCAUUCUGUGCACAAGUACACACUGACAGAAACUACCAGCCGGAGGAACACCCCUCAGAGAAAAUCUAAAACAUGUUUACAACUCUCCGCUCCUCCGGUCGAUUGGACAUUGUGUGUCCUGUUGCAUGAGAGGAGGAGGAUGAGAGGGGGAAGAGGAGGUCGAGAGGAGUGGAGGAGUGGGGGAGAAAGAGAGGGUUUUCUUCCUGGCUCGGUUUCUGUCUGUGCGCUUUGGGAUGAAUCAUUUUCGGUAAAUUAGUUUGAGGUGAAGUAUAUUUAUACUGCAUGAGUAACUAGGACCUAUAGAGGACAUUAACAUGUAUGAUUUGAACGUUUGCCAGGAGAGACAGCGCAGCAUAUCUGCUUCCUGUUGUCUCCUUCCCGAUGGCUCUCUAUAGAGUACCCCUCUAAGUGUGAAUAUACACAUAAUACCACAGUGUGUAUAUCUAUUUAUACAGUAUCAUAACCUUAUAUCAGUAUGUCUAUUUUGUUGCACUUAAAAUAAUAAUCAAACAAGCGAAAUGAAUAACUCAUGUUUUGGUGGAUCGAGGCAGGAGCUAAGUGCAUGUGUGUGUUGUCUUUAGUGUCCUAAGAGGCCUCUUGUCUCAGUUUAAUGCUGUUUGUCAAUUAUUAAUGAGGAUCUGUCAUACUGACCACCAG